UUUGAAUGGACAUUUGUGCAAUAUAUAAGUCUGGUAUCCUAUUAGACCAUCUCCAGUGGUGCGCGCUUUGAUUACUCAGUAACAGCUCCGAUCUCUCGGCGAAGGCGCACUGAUUUCCCACACCAACUAUGUUGUUCUUCUCGUAUUUCAAGGAUUUGGUGGGGAGGGAAGUGACGGUGGAAUUGAAGAACGAUUUAGCGAUUAGAGGGACUCUACAUUCGGUUGAUCAAUAUCUCAACAUUAAGCUGGAGAAUACUAGGGUUGUUGAUCAGGACAAGUACCCCCAUAUGCUUUCAGUGCGAAACUGCUUCAUUCGAGGAUCUGUCGUCCGAUACGUCCAAUUGCCACCCGAGGGAGUUGAUGUUGAGCUUCUGCAUGAUGCCACUAGAAGAGAAGCACGAGGGGGCUAACUCUCAGUGACCGAAGCUUUGUUAUGAGCUCGAAGCAGUGAUUCUUUGUCUCAAGUUUGGGAGACUUUUUACUCCUGCAUUACUUGGAAAUAGUAUUUCUUUUCAAAUUCGAGCAUAGGCUAUUUGGAUAUAGACAUUUGUGUAGUUGACAUUGAUUAAUCUUAAUAUCAAAUCCUCACAUACGAUUUUAUAUAUGGAUUAUUAGAUGA